CUGCGGCCCCGCCGGUCGCCUUCCACGGGUCGUCCGUGCGCAGGUGAGGACAGGGGACCCCGCGCCCGAGCCGCCGAGGAAGGAGCGGGAAGCUUCGGGCCGUGGACACACUGUGUUCUGUCUUCUCUCACCUGCAGCCAGGAGGAAGGAUGUUCACUGUGCUGACUCGCCAACCUUGUGAGCAAGCAGGCCUCAAGGCUCUCUCUCGAACCCCAGCCAUCGUUGCCUUGGUGUUCUUGCUUUUGAGCGUUGUGGUGCUUGUGACUAUCACGGUCAUCCAGAUUCACCAGAAAGAGGUCCUCCCUCCAGGUCUGAAGUAUGGAAUCGUGUUCGAUGCUGGGUCUUCCAGAACCACACUCUAUGUGUAUCAGUGGCCAGCAGAGAAGGAGAAUAAUACUGGAGUGGUCAAUCAAACCUUCGAAUGUAAGGUGAAAGGCCCUGGAAUCUCCAGCUAUGGGGGAAACCCCCAAGAUGCCCCCAAAGGCUUUAAUGAUUGCAUGCAAAAAGUCAAGGGGCAGAUUCCAGCCCACCUCCAUGGGUCUACCCGCAUUUACUUGGGGGCCACAGCUGGGAUGCGCUUGCUGAGGUUGCAAAACGAAACAGCAGCUAAUGAAGUCCUUGCAAGCAUCCAAAACUACUUCAAGUCCCAGCCCUUUGACUUUAGGGAUGCUCAAAUCAUUUCUGGGCAAGAGGAAGGGAUAUAUGGAUGGAUUACAGCCAACUAUUUAAUGGGAAAUUUCCUGGAGAAGAACCUGUGGCAUAUGUGGGUGCAUCCGAAUGGAGUGGAAACCACAGGUGCCCUGGAUUUAGGUGGUGCCUCCACCCAAAUAUCCUUUUCCACUGGAGAGAAGGUGGGGCUGAACACCAGCGACAUCAUGAAGGUGUCCCUGUACGGCUAUGUGUACACGGUCUACACACAUAGCUUCCAGUGCUACGGCCGGAACGAGGCUGAGAAGAGAUUUCUGGCAAUACUCCUUCAGAAUUCUCCCAUGAAAACCCAUCUCAUCAACCCCUGUUACCCUCGGAAUUAUACCACCACUUUCACUGGGGACCACAUAUUUGGCAGCUUCUGCACAGCGGACCUGAGGCCUGGAAGUUACAAGCCCAGUGCCAUCAUCACUUUUGAAGGAACCGGGGACCCAUCCCUGUGUAGGGAAAAGGUGGCUUCUCUGUUUGACUUCGAUGCUUGCCAUGACCAGGAAGUCUGUUCCUUUGAUGGAGUUUAUCAGCCAAAAGUUAAGGGGCCGUUUGUGGCUUUUGCGGGAUUCUACUACACAGCCAGAGCUAUGAAUCUUUCAGGUAGUUUUUCCCUGAACACCUUCAACUCAAGCACCUGGGAUUUCUGCUCACAGAGUUGGAGUCAGCUCCCGCAGCUGCUCCCCAUGUUUGAUGAGGUGUACGCCCGCUCCUACUGCUUCUCAGCCCACUAUAUCUAUCACUUGCUGGUAAAUGGAUACAAAUUCACCAAAGAGACUUGGCCCCAAAUACAUUUUAAAAAAGAAGUGGGAAAUAGCAGCAUAGCCUGGUCUCUCGGCUACAUGCUCAGCCUGACCAACCAGAUCCCAGCAGAAAGCCCCCUGAUCCGCCUGCCCUUGAAGCCAUCUGCCUUUAGGUGCACCGUCGCCUUCUUCUCCGUAGUGACCUUGCUGUGUCUGGCGUUCCUUGUGUACCUGUGUGUGUCAUCCAGGAAUCAGAGGCGUGCCCAGCAGGCCUUCACUCAUGCAGUGGAUUCUGCGUGAGCCUCAAAAAGCAGCUCCUGGAGCCUAAGAACCAGCGUGGGUAGCACCAGACAAUGCAAACAAAGUGUCCCUCUUCAGGAAACACCACUAAAGUGAAAUACCUAGGUCAUGUGCCUCUCUGAUACUGAUUUAUGCCAAAGCACCUCUUGGGGAGUCCCUCAACUGUUCUGUGCACAUUGGUCCCCCAGUGACCCACCUAGGGGAGUAAUGUUGACCUACUUGCUGACCUACUUAGGGAACAGAGGACAGACAGACCAUCAAGGUUAGGCUCUUUAUUUCAAGUGCCCCAGAGGAAGAGUAAGUUGAGAAUAUGACAGUUUAAUGUUGAAGAAUUGACCUCAAGACUCAGUUUCUAUUUUUCCUCCCUCAGAAAUGCCAUAUUCCUCCAGGCAAGUUUGGAAACUGGCAGGCCCCCAUUAAGCAUUUGGCCCAGUAAGAUAUCUCAUUUUAUGGCUUCCUCCCAUUGAUCCUUAACUAAGACUUUCCUUUAGCGAUCCCAUAAACAUUGAGCUCCCUCAGACUGGCAGAAUAUAGUAUCUGGAGGGGAAGACUCCUUUCUCCCCGAUGACAGUGGCCGUAGCCAGACUUCUGUCAUGCAGGCAGGACCUGAAGGACAGACACACAGACAGUCUCCCAGAAAACUGCAGGCCAUUCCCAAAGUGAGAUUCCCACUCAGUGCUCUGGUCAUUAGCUUGCAGCCUGUAAAUCAUCGGCCUUUCCUCCCGUUCACAUUGCUGUGUUCUCCUGUAAAACAUGCACUCCUAGAGGGGCUAUUGUGUUCCAAAUCUUUUUGCAUUUGCUAGGCUUUUCCUUAGAGCUGUCUUUUCAUCGUUAGCUGGGUUUGUACAUUUUGCCCACCAUUCCCACAGGUGUACCUGAUGCCGAGACAUCCUAUUCUAUGAUUUUGUUACCAAUUACUUUCCUAGAUCAUAGCCCUCUCUGUAUAGUAGCCAUACUUCUUGACUUUGUGGAAAGAAAGGAAGCUGCAGGGACAGUUAAUUCCAAAGUGGGAUGGGAAAGAACUCGAGCAACUCCAAUGGCUGCAAACUAAAAAUCAACAUUAUUUCAGAUUGUUGUUUGUUGGCUGAAUACAGAAUAAAGGACUCUGAUUUUGA